AUGGGCUGCUGUUGGCGACGCUGCUCCAACUCUUCCAAACCCUGGUGGGCUAUCGGUGGUCUGGUGGCCAUCUUUGCGACGGCUGGCUUUUUUGGCUUUGGACUACCAGCCAUCAUCGAUGCCGUGGCGUUGGCCGAGCUCCGGAUCAAGGCCGGUACCAGUGCGUACGGGCGGUUCUUCGACGAUCAUGCACAACGCUUUCUCGACAUCUAUGUGUUCAACUGGACGAACGCCGACGAGGUGCGCAAUCCGGACGUGCGCCCGCAUUUUGUGCAGCUUGGACCGUACGUGUUUUCUGAGCGCCGCCAGCGGGAAAACGUGUCAUUCGAUGACGACGGUGCGUCGGUUACGUUCAGUCAGAAGCGCGUUUGGCACCACAUUCCGGAGGUGUCGGGCGGCGACUACUUCAACGAUCUCGUGACGACGCUAAACCCGGUGCUAUCGACCAUCGGUAACUUGAUGGAAGGUGAGCCACUACAAUCGGUUUUGGAUAGCAUUAUCAUGCUUAACUCCUUGGGAGAGCUACUGUACCAGAACGUGCCGGUACACCAGAUGCUGUUCGAUGGGUAUCCGGAUGUCUUCCUUCAGCUGCAGGACAUGCUAUCAAUUCUGCCUCCAGGGUCCCUGCCGGAUCUCAACUUGCCCCCCGGGGAUCGUUUCGGGUGGUUUGUGGAGCGCAACGAUAGUUUCACCUUCGACGGUACCUUCCAGAUGGGAACGGGAGCGGAUGACCGCCGGUACACGGGUAUCUUGCACCAGUGGAACGGCCAGGAACGGGUUCCCCACUAUCGCGGACUGUGUGGGGAGGUGCGAGGAUCGGCUGGAGACGUGUGGCCUCCGUUGGGACGCGUCUUGGGUUUGGACAGCAUACGACCGGUCGCUCUUUUUCUACCGGAAGUCUGUAGGGCGAUCACGUUGCGUCCCAGUUCCCGCUACACGCUGGACGGUCUGGAUGGGGAGCUCUGGGUGGCGGAUGGCAGUAACUUCGAUAACGGUCACACGAUCACCGGGACGGAGUGCCAGUGUACGGCUGCGGAUUCGGACCAGUGUCCCGUCUAUGCCGCCGGUGUUCUGGAUGUGUCCUCGUGUCGAUUCGGCAUCCCACUGGUCAGCUAUCCGCAUUUCUAUCUAGCUGAUCCGAGCUACGCGGACGCUGUGACCGGACUGACUCCGGACCGAGCACUGCACGAGUACCGCCUGGCGUUACAUCCCUUCACGGGCAUCCCGAUGGCGGUCAGUGGCCGUUUGCAGUACAAUAUGCAUCUUCGCGACAACGGCUUCACGUUGUUCCACGGAAUGCCCGAUGUCGUUAUUCCUGCGUUCUGGGUCGAACAACGGAUGGUGCUGUCGGAAGACAUGGCCAAUAAGCUGAAGCUCAUGGACACCCUUCGCCAGUGGUCCGUCUACGUAGCCUACGGGAUCUGUGGCCUCGGAGCCAUUCUCUAUGCAUUAACUCUUUACGCCGUCAUUUUUGUAUGGAAAGAUUAG